AUCGACACUGCCGAUGUUCGCAUCGCCGCGGGUAUCAGGGCGACUCUCCGCAGACAGCCUCGCUUCACAGAUUGUUUUUGAUGGCUGCCAGAAGAACUUGCUAACACAGUUUUGUAACGAAGUGUUCCAAUGGAGCAACAAUUCCAAGACAUUGAUUGUUCGGGGAGCUGGCAAAACAUUUACAACGAAAUCCGAAACCAAGCCAAUGAAUAUUCAUACAAAGUGGCCAAACUUCCUGCCAAUCGAUUGUUGAACCGCUACAGAGACGUUAGUCCAUAUGAUCACAGUCGGGUCAAGCUUGAAAACUCCGAGAAUGAUUACAUCAAUGCAAGUUUAGUCACGGUGAAAGAAGUUCAAAGAGCUUACAUUCUUUCUCAGGGUCCUUUGAGGAACACAUGUGGUCACUUCUGGCUGAUGAUUUGGGAACAGUGUUCCAAAGCUGUCAUCAUGCUGAACAGGAUCAUUGAGAAGGGUUCUGAAAAGUGUGCGCAGUACUGGCCAACGACUGAAGAGCAGCAGAUGUCUUUCACAGACACUGGAUUUGUUGUACGGCUACUUUCAGAGGAAGACCAAUCCUACUUCACAAUCCGGGUGCUGGAAUUACAGAACACAAAGACUGGGGAGAGGAGAGAGAUUUACCACUUUCACUACACUGCAUGGCCCGAUUUUGGUGUUCCAGAAUCUCCCGCCUCCUUUCUCAACUUCCUCUUCAAGGUUCGGAAUUCCGGCUCCCUGGGUGCAAAGCACGGACCCUCAGUGGUACACUGCAGUGCUGGGAUUGGGCGUUCUGGGACAUUUGCCCUGGUGGACACCUGCCUGGUGUUGAUGGAUCGAAGGAAUAACCCAUCCUCAGUGGACAUCCAGCAGGUCCUUCUUGACAUGAGGGAUUACCGAAUGGGUUUGAUCCAGACUCCUGACCAGCUCCGUUUCUCGUACAUGGCCGUCAUUGAGGGAGCCAAAGUCCCUGGGAGCAACAAUUCAGUGGAGAUCAAGAACAGCAAUGAUUUGGAAAAAGACCUGCCGCCUCCUCCACCGCCACCUAGACCUCACGUCAACAACAGACUGGACUCCAAAGUCCAGCAUGUGCUGCAAGGAGACAUCAAAGACCACAACCAAGCAGACCCCAAUGGACAGUUGAGAAAGCGUCAGCGCGAAGCGAGGCUUGCUCACACGUCUCAGAUGGUCCAGGAGAUGAAACAAAGACUGAACAAGAGCGAGCAAGACCGAGGCAAGAAGCUGUCGUGGACCUCCAUGCUUCUGACUGGCGGCGGUGCCGCCGUGCUGGCUUUGGGUCUGCUGGUCUGCUGGAUGUUCUCCCAGUGAGCCGCUCUUCAAACGGACUGCAAUUGGCGGCGGUGCCUGAGAUCAGGUACUCGUCAAGUAGAUUUAGAGGGUAUUUAUUUCUUCAGGUGGGAGCGCUAGAUCAAAUGAGUGCGUGUAUAUUUUUAUGAGAAUGAAUCAAAAAUGAGUAACACCUCAGGAUCUCGGUGCCAGCGUGACGAUUUGCUUUUCUUGCUAUCUGAAUGUACUGUAUGACAGGAAAAAAAAAGAACCCUGCUGUUGUAUUUCUAUUUGUGUGUGUUAGUCAUUCUCACUUUAUGCUCGUGGGGGAUUUCCAGGAAGUGAAAUUCAUCGCAUUGAGUCAUUUUUUUUUUUUUAAAAACUUGUUCUUCCGUUGUCAGAGAGCAGGAUGUCCGAAAAAAUAUAUAUUUGUAGGCGAGCAGACGCCUGGCCAUCCGCCUUGCUCCGCCCGCUGGAUAGCUUCCAUUUCACGUUAUUCCCGCUGUUGAAGCAUCGGUGUGGUAUGUAUAUGAAUGUAUAUUCUGUACAUGACUAUGCUAUUCCUCUGGGUGACAGCAAAUGCAAGGAAGGUGUGCCUUCAAGUCGUUUAGCAAGCCCCUUUUGGCAUUCCACCUCUCUGUCUGUGCAUUACACUUAGUACAUGUUGUACCUUUCGACAGCACUUAACAAGAAAUACUUCAAUAAAACCCUACUCUUUUUCCCAUAA